ACAGGACAAGAUCCGCACGAUCCGCAUAAAAAAAAUUUGUUUGGUUACGACUUCCAACCCGAAGAGAUUCUGGUCAUUGAAAUUCAACGUAAACCCCUAAUUUGGGAAAAAAUUUUUGGAUAGCAAGUCACUUGAGGAGUCGAAAGAAGAGCCCUGCACGGCUGAAUUUUUUUCACCCGCACCCACCCACGGAAUUCUAAAUUUGAACCCGCACCCGGCGCACCCUACCCGCACCCGCAGUGAGAGAUGCAGCCGCCGACAGUCAAAGGAAAACCUCCGGUUCAAAAGCCGCUGUGCAGACUGUGCGAGUGUCCGACGUCGGACGGCCACGUCCUCGCGUCGCAAGUGGACAGGAUCAAGCUGAGGACAUGGGCCAUGAAGGUCUUGGAGCUGACAGCAACAGAUGAUGACAAUUUGCCGAUGUUGAUCGGAAUAGACCAUUUGAUCUGCUAUUUUUGCCUCUGGCAGGCAGAGUUUGAUGAUGAGACUGGAGACGAGGCUGUUGCUUGGUGGCCGGAAAACCUUGAUUUGGAUGAAAACGCUAGGAUUCUUCGGGAGAAUUAUUCAAUUGGAGAAGUGGAUCAGUGUUGGGUGCAGUUGGAAGAGAUUGAUCUCUCCAAAUACGAAAAGGAAAUCCCUAAGAAGACGAAUCGCAGUGGAGUGUGUUUUUACUGCGGCAGGAGAUUCAAUGGUCUGAUGAAUCACAUCAAAUCUAAGCACAAAGAAGCCAUCAAAUGCGGAAUUCGGGGCUGCAGGACAUUCUUUCACACCGAGGAGGAAAAGGAGCAGCACAUGAUAGAGGAUUCACACGAGAAACGGAACAAACCAUGCGAAUGCAGGAAAAUUCGCUGCAAAUAUUGUGAAAUCGGCAAAUUUUAUUCCUCGGUAAGAAGGUGGAGGUGGCACUUGAAACAAUACCAUCCGGAAUUUCCGGUCAUGUGCUCGCGCUAUGGCUGCAAAAAGUUCUUCAAAACCAAGUCUGAAAUGAUUCUGCACAUAAACUCGUGGCACAAACGAGGCGUAAAUGAAGAAAUUUUCCAGUGCGAGCAUUGCGAGUAUUUCACCACGCAGGAGUACAGUUUGUGACGACACGUAGAGGCGAGGCACAUGCCAAAGACCUUCAUAUGCGACAUUUGCGACUCCAAAUUCGGGUCGAAAUGGCAAGUGAGACACCACUAUAAUAAAGUCCACACGUUCGAAAAGUGCAAAUGUUGUGGCCAGGACGUGACUCUGAUGAUGAUUGCACGCCACAGAAAGCCAUCCGUCUGCCGCAAAUGCAAACUCAGUCUGGAGUGCUCGGGUUUGUAUCAAUUGCACAGGGAAAAAUGCAAACAAAUUCUCCAUAGUUGCAAAGAGUGUGGAAAAUCAUUCAGCAAGCAAUGGAUUAUGUUUCGCCACGUGAGAAAUGUCCACACCAAAGCAGC